CUCGACAACAUUGCGAGGGGGGGUUGUUGCCGAAUUGUGAGACUCGAGGGGUAUAUACACCUCCCCGUCCGGCCCAGCCUAGAGUUCCAGCAAAAUCCCCAAUCCCGCAGAGCACGCUCCCUCCGCCCCUCGUUUCCCCACCCACCAGCCUAGGGUUCCGGCGAGAUGAAGCAGCAGGAUGGAGCUAGCCCGGCCAAGAUGUUCAUCGGCGGGCUCUCCAGGCAGACAAGCAUGGGUACGUUCAAAGAGUACUUCGGGAAGUACGGGGAGAUAAUCGAUGCGGUAAUAAUGAAGGACCGCCAUACCCAAAAGCCUAGAGGCUUUGGAUUUAUUACCUAUUCAGAUCCUGCUAUUGUUGACAGAGUGAUUGAAGAUAACCAUGUCAUUGAUGGCAAGCAGGUCGAAAUUAAAAGGACUAUCCCGAAGGGUGCUGCCCCCCUGAAAGAUUUCAAGACAAAGAAGAUUUUUGUUGGCGGAUUGCCUACUGCUCUAACAGAUGGUGAAUUCAAGGACUUCUUUUCAAAGUUUGGAAAGGUGGUGGAACAUGAGAUCAUCUGUGAUCAUUCGACCAACCGGUCACGAGGAUUUGGAUUUAUAGUGUUUGAUGCAGAAAAAACUGUAGAUGAAUUGUUAGCUAAGAAAGGCAAUAAGAUUGAUCUAAAUGGUACUCAGGUGGAGAUCAAGAAGGCAGAACCAAAGAAACCCUCUAACCCACCUCAUUCACUUGAUAGCAAACCUAGGAGAUCUCCUUAUGCAGAUGGUUAUGAUGGAUUUGCCAGCCGUUACAACAAUGGUGGUCGCCUUGCCCCCUAUAAAUCACCCGGUUUUGGCGCUAGGCCUGGCAGCUACAGUAGUGCUUAUGUUCCUGGCAGCUACAGUAGUGCUUAUGUUCCUGGUGACUAUAGUAGCGGCUAUGGUGGUUAUGAUGGAGCAUUUGGAGGUUAUCAUGGAGAAUCGUCGCUCUACUCCAGUCGUUUUGGUGGCAGUUAUGGUGGUGGUUUAGGUGGUGCAUAUGGGCGUGAUGCUGUGCCUUAUGGCACGUCUAGCUAUGGGCCUAGUUAUGACUCUUCAGGUGCCAGUGCCGAUCCUAGUGUUAGGUCUGGCAUGGUUGGACUCUAUGGUGCUAGGGGAGGCUAUGGUAGCAGCAGUGGUGGUGGUGCUACUGGUCGCUACCAUCCAUAUGCCGGUUUUGCUUGUUUUUUGGUUGUUGAUUUGGAAGUUGCUUCACAUACAGCAUUGCCAACGUAUCCACCAUCACAAUUUUCAAUUGCUGAUCCUAUAGUGCUCUAGGUUGCUGAUCAUUUAAUUUCCCUUCUUUGGGAUGACAUUAUGGUCCUUUCUUGUAAUAAGCUAGUUUAGGCCUUUGUCAGUUAAUCCUCUUCCCAAGGGGAUUGGAGAGGGUUAGACCUCUGGUUUGCAGGAAUCUCAUAGGAAUUCUGUAGGAUAUGAUUUCUAUAGGAAAUUUCCCUUUGAUCCCUUUGUAGCAUUGGUAACUUUUUCAAAGGAAAAUAAACAUUACGCAAGACUCAAUGGAAAAAAAAAUCCUAUCCUGUGAACCAAGAUUUAACCCCCCUCAGCCCUCUUCCAUCCCCACCAAACUGAGUGUGCCCUUGGUUGCAUUGUGAACUUGUGUUUAAAUCUGAAGAUUUUGGUUUGUCGAGUUUACAUGUUCAAUUAUACCAUUAUUUCUUAUGCUCUGAUGUGUGUAACAUUGUAGUACGCACUUCUUCACGUCUUUCAAUUAUUAAUGUUGUGAACUAAAUGUCUCCGCUUCUGAGAUAUGGAACUAAAUUGACGUAUUCAUGUGUUCAAUGGUUUGAUAGAAGCCCUGGCAAAAAAAGAAAAAGGUUAAUAGAAGCAUGAUCAUCCAUGACCCAAAGUAUAUCACCUAAUUAUUGUAGAAGCCUCUCACCAAAGAAGCCUAGGAUGGGAGAAAACCACGAAGUCGCUAGUGUGUCUUUGGUCAUGGUAGCAGCCUACCAGUUCCUAAUAUGUAGGCCGUCCACCUUCACGGUGAAGGGGAGAUCUGCCGAGUCGGUGUUUAGAAUAUAGCUUCGCCAAUAUCAUGGCACAAGUUUCCUCAAAAAAUAAAAGAUAAAAAAAAUCAUGGCAGAACUUCUCAUGAACACGCAUGGGUGUUAAAGCUGGCUUGCAAUUUGUCACGUGAGUGCGCUAAGUAGAUCAACGCCGUACCUUUCUUUCACAAUCACAGGAUUGUACCUUUCUUUCACAAUCACAGGAUUGUGAGCCACUUCACUGCCCAAGACGUUAAUCAUAUAGUGGUGUGGUUAUUUUGUUAGGCAAAAAUGCUUAAGGAAAAUAUUCUACGGCUGUCUUUGCAUGCCACAGAAAGGGCUAGACGAUUGGAUCACCCACUCUUCUUAGAAGGAAGACACAAAAUGGGCCCAGCUUAAAAUUAAUAAAGCCCUCGACUGGCUAUAGGGGCAAGGCAAAGUUGGAUCACUUAAUUGCAUAAUUUCCCUGUAACACUUUGUUUGCUAAAGCUUUCUAUCAAGAUGCGCCGGGCCAGACGGCCAUGGGUGGCCGUCGAUGCAUAGGCCAAGGCCGUACGGGCACUCGUGCCCCCUUGUCCCCGAUGGAGGUGUGGUUGAGGAGGUCAAAGCACCGCUGGUGAUUGGUGAGGUCGUGCAAAGAUUACUAUAGCCACAAUCGGGUUCGAUAGUGCGUCGUGUGUGAGGUGAUGUGACCGGCAGCGGUGAACGAGCAGAACAACCGUCGUCGUUGCCUAGGGGAGGGCUGUCUCGUUUGUGAUGGUCAUAGUUAUUUUCGACAUUCCUAUGUGCGGAUCAGACGCGGUGGCACAUGGGUUAGUGUAGCUAGGUGGUGGUGAGGUUUGCCAAAUCAGAUGGAUUUGGCGCGAUGCAUCGGGCAUCGGGUUGGUCACAUUGGGUGGUUGUGCGAGGUGCAACCCUCUCCCCCGCUGCUACCGAUGAUAGUUGUCGAGAUGGCGCAUCUCAUUUUGGUAAUUUCCAUUUUUUUCCCCUUUGGCCGGCUAGUUUCGUGUGAAUAGGUAGAGUGGUGGGUGGUGACUAUGGCGACAAACAUCGUGGAUGUGUUUUCUUCGGGUGAAAACUCAGGAUCUUGCCUUGUUGCUUGAUCAGGCAAUGUCAAUGUUGUUACCUUAUUGAAUUGCCUAUGUUGUUACCUUAAUGAAAGUGUUUUGACCCCUUCAAGGGUGAUAUCCCAUUGGCCCGACACUUCUGUUUGGACCAACCAACAGGCGCGAUUCCUUCUUGAAGUCGUUGUCUUGGAGCUUUGCGUCCUUUUUUCUUCUAAAAUAUUGUGGUGCAUUUGGUGGUAUGACAUGGAGAUGUUGUGAGGCAUGUCCCAUUUCCUAUGUGGGUGGACUCAAUUUUUAUGAUGCUCCUCUUUGUAAGCUGAUUUGUUUGGUAUUAUCAAUAAUUGGUAACA